AUGGCAGCCCGCGCUAUUCUUAUAACCGGCGCAACCGGCAAACAAGGCUCCUCCGUCGUCAACGCGCUCCUCCGCUCUAACGCCGACUUCGAGAUUCUUGCGCUGACCCGCAACGCCUCCUCUCCCUCAGCACAAUCCUUAGCCCGCAAAUCCCCCCUCAUCAAGCUCGUCACCGGAAAUCUCGACGACCCGUCUUCUAUCUUCGCCUCUGCUCGCUCAGUGACCAAGUCUCCGAUCUGGGGUGUCUUCUCCGUGCAGACCCCCUUCGGCGGAAAAGCCAACACCAAGACCGAAGAGCGCCAGGGCAAGGCACUCGUUGAUGCGAGUCUCGCGAAUGGCGUAAGCCACUUUGUAUACUCGUCCGUUGACCGCGGCGGUGAUGCGAAGAGCGCAAAGGACCCUACCAACGUUCCGCAUUUCAUCUCCAAACACAAUGUAGAGCAGCACCUCUUCGCCAAGGCAAAGGGCAGCGACAUGACGUGGACUGUGCUACGGCCGGUGGCGUUUAUGGAGAACCUCGUCCCGGGAUUCUUGGGCAAGGUGUUCAAUACGGAUUGGAAGAUGGUGCUGCGGCCGGAGCAGAAGUUGCAGUUGAUCGCUACUAGCGACAUCGGUUUCUUUGCAGCACAAUCUUUCCUCCAGCCCUCUUCCAACCUUUACGCUAACGCCACACUCUCCAUUGGUGGCGACGAGCUCACCUUCGCUGAGUACGCCAAGAUCUACGAGGAGAAGACGGGCGAGAAGUUGCCUACGACAUUCCGUCUUAUUGUUAAGAUCAUCAAUUUGUUGGUCAAGGAGAUGGGCAACAUGUUCGUGUGGUUCAGGGAGACGGGCUACGGCGCAGAUAUUCCGGAACUGAGGAGUGUGCAUCCGCAAAUUAAGAGCUUUGGGGAGUGGUUGGAGAAGGAGAGUGCGUGGAAGAAAGGCGGCGAGAAGGCGUGA